CGUCCGCUGGGCACCCCUGGGCACCGCGGUGCUCCCCGGCGGGCGCGGCGGGGCGGGGGCGGUGCCGUGUUGCCGCCGCGGAGCGAAGCCGCUUCAUCUUCAUCCUCAUCCUUCCCUCUCCUCCCCUCUGCGCGACCCCGCCGGCUCCCCCCGCCCAGAGGGGCGGGAAGGCAGCGGGCGCUGCCCGCGGUGGCGGCGCGCCCCGGAGCGGCUCCGCACGGCGUUUCCCCCCACCCCGCCCGCUGCCGCCGAUAAAUCCCAGUGCCGGGGGCAGCGCGGCACUUGGCGGCUGUGGCGCUGCGGGGAGGCGGCGGAGCUCGGCCCCCUCCCCGCGGCGGAGACCCCCAGCAAGGGCAAGAGGAGCCGCAGCUGCCGGAGCUCAGGAAAACAAUGAACAGGAAGAAACCUGGAAGAUUAUUUGCUGGUCUGUCAAAUAUGGGAUUAUAAUUUUUUUUUUUUAAAUAAUACAUAGAGCAUCUCUUUCAAAUGGAUAACUUCUGAACCUAGAACUCUUCAUUACCAACUUCUCGCAUCCUGGAGGGGAAAAUGAAUUUCACAAAUUGCACCACUGAAGCCAGUGUGGCUGCAAAGCCAAAAACAGUAACGGAAAAGAUGCUCAUUACCCUGACCUUGGCCACAAUCACAACCUUGACUAUGCUGCUGAAUUCUGCUGUAAUUGCAGCAAUCUCCACAACCAAGAAGCUCCACCAGCCGGCAAAUUAUCUCAUAUGUUCACUGGCUGUGACGGAUCUCCUUGUUGCUGUUCUCGUCAUGCCCUUGAGCAUCACUUACAUAAUGAUAGACAAAUGGACUUUGGGGUACUUCAUCUGUGAGAUCUGGCUUAGCGUCGACAUGACCUGUUGCACGUGUUCAAUCCUUCAUCUGUGUGUCAUUGCACUGGACAGGUACUGGGCCAUCACCGAUGCUAUCGAAUACGCCAGGAAAAGGACGGCGAAAAGGGCUGGGCUGAUGAUAGUCACCGUGUGGACAAUCUCCGUUUUCAUAUCAAUGCCCCCCUUGUUUUGGAGAAAUCACCACAGCAUCAGUAUUCCCAGUGAGUGUCGCAUUCAGCAUGACCAUGUCAUCUACACUAUUUAUUCCACGUUUGGGGCAUUUUACAUUCCCUUGACUUUGAUCCUGAUCCUGUACUACAGAAUUUACCAUGCUGCAAAGAGCCUUUACCAAAAGCGGGGUUCAAGCCGCCACCUCAGCAACAGGAGCACCGACAGCCAGAACUCUUUUGCCAGCUGCAAGCUCACACAGACGUUCUGCGUCUCGGACUUCUCCACAUCUGACCCAACCACAGAGUUUGAUAAAAUCAAACCAUCUGUGAGGAUCCCUCCUUUCGAGAACGACUUGGACCUGGCUGGCGACCGGCAGCAGAUCUCCACGACAAGAGAACGAAAGGCUGCUCGCAUCCUGGGGCUGAUUUUAGGUGCUUUCAUUUUGUCCUGGUUGCCCUUUUUCAUCAAGGAACUGCUUGUGGGCCUCCACAUUUGCACUGUCUCUCCAGAAGUAGCAGACUUCUUGACCUGGCUUGGGUAUGUCAACUCGCUCAUCAACCCUUUGCUGUACACGAGCUUUAAUGAGGAUUUCAAGCUGGCCUUUAGAAAGCUCAUCAGAUGUCGAGAACAUACUUAAAAGUGCUGAGAGAUGAUGAUGCUGGCAUGACUCCUGGCCUUAAAAAUGAGCAAAAUCAUUUGGCUCUGCCACCGUUUCCCUUGAUAAAGGGGAUUUUUGUGUUUGCCUAUUUGCUUGACUGUUCUUCAGCCUGUAAUUAUGCCAAUUUUUUAAUCUCCAGUGUUAUUCAUGGUAAAGGGUUUGAAAUAAAUUUAUUCUACAAAGGAAAAGAUUUUUUAGAAAUGAAACAGCAAAAAAAUAUUAUUAGUAUUAGGUACUCAUAUCUAAGACAUUUUGUGUAAUCAAUGAUUCAAGAAGCAAACAAUAUUCACUUUUAUACUUUUUCCAUUUAAGAAUCAAACAUCAAAAUUAUGUACUGUAUAAAAUGAACCCCAUAAAUACAUAUUCAA